ACAUAAAUGAGGGAGCUGCAAUUUUAUAUUAAGGACAUAUUUACAUCUUGUGUAGGCCUAUAGAUUUCCUUGGCAUGGAUCAUGACCGCCUGGCUAUCAUGUUUGUGUUUGGAGCUGCUACUGGAUCCAUCGUGCUUCUUCUGAUCUCUCGAAACAUUUCAGGACACAGCAAUGUUUGGGAAAAAGGUACUAGUUUUCAUUCAUACCCAACAAUUAGCAGGUACAAAAGAUGGUUUGCAGUUAGCAGGUGUGACAAAUGAUGCAUAUAUGUACCAUAACUGGUUAGCCAUAGCCAUUUGUUAGCGUGUGUAAGUUUGCAGGUGGCGCAUAGUGAUGGCAUCACAGUCGAUUAGUGAUGAAAUGUCCCUCAGACCUCGAGAGGUUUAGUAAAAAAGUCCCUUGGCGCGUUUUUCCUAAACCUCUCUCGGCUUUCGGGUGCAUUUAAUCAAUAAUCGACCUGAAUGCCAUGCUAUAAUUACUUGUGAUAAAACCACAAAAUUCACCAAAGAUUGUCUCGUAUAAACACUUCUUGUUUAGUAUUAUAUUCUAAACUUGAUUUAUCAGCGUUCUCUAUAUCAUAGAAGAUCCUGGUGUUUAGUAGGAUCCGCUACCGAAGCCUUAAUGAGUAGCCCAUUACAAUAAAAUUAAGGAAACAUUCAAUGAUACACACUCUUGAGCCUGACAUUUCUCAUGCAACCGCUAUCCUCCCAUGUAUGAAAGUUAACUGCAAGACUUAAUUCUCAUGCAAUUCGUAUUUUCGUUUGACCAUGCAUGUACGCUUUAACAAAACAUUCUAAUUAUCUUCUAGCAUUUCUUCUCAUUGCAACCUGCAUCGAAUAUGCUUUCCUUUAUUAUCCCUACUUUGGAUGUUUGGCAUCAUAUCACAGAAUAAUUGGAGCAUUGAUGGGACUUCCUUAUGCAGUAAUUUUGUAAGUAGAAGCGACGUACGUUUUUACGCCGACUGGAAGUAAAUCGCACCAUUAUAGAUGGUGCCAGUGCAUUUUGAUGACGAAUCGUGGUGUGAUUAUUGUACUUUUUAUUGUAGCUUUGUUGUGAUCUUGACCGCAGGUUUGCAAAAAUGUAAUGUAAGUUAUUAUGAGCGUAAAGUCCAUUUUAUUGUAGCUACUUGCGCAUGCAGAUAAUGUAUAUGAUUCGAGUAACAGUGUUAGUAUGUUUGUUGGUGGUGACAAAACUUCGGUUGGCAGUGAUGCAACCACCUUAAAAAUACAAGGAAAAAUUCGACGUUUAGAGCGAAGGCCCUUUGUCGGAAAAUUAGUGGUGACUUUGAUAACCAACUAACGACAGCAAUACAUCCCCAGGGUGCGUUAAUUCGCUUACUUACGUACCAGAGGUAAGUCAAUAUUAUGGUCUGGUAGAUCUUCAUUUUAGCCAAGUAUCACGUACGUAGGAACGCGAAACGUAUUCAAUACUGUAAUUUUGCUGGUAUAUGUAUAAGUCUGACAUGUCUUGGCAUCAAACAUAAUUGGACAGAUGGCACUGAGAAACGUUUGAGUGGAUUUGAAUAUACUUAUAUGUACUUUAUCAUUAUGUACAUUACUUUAAAGACGAAGUGCACAUUGAGUAUUGAGCUUGUACUGGCACAAUGUUUAACUUGGCACAAGAAAAAUUUUACAGAAAAUUUUCCGAAAAUAUAUCAUUGUUAAAAGAUGAAAAUUUUCAACUUCAAAUUAUUUUUUUUCGACGGAAAAUUUGCGUUGGCUAAUCACAUUUUACAAAAUUUUCUUUCUGCGGAAAAUUUUUCUCCGUGGAAAUGGGUCUUAAGAAUAUUGAAUUUUCGCACCCUGAUAUACUACAGUUUGAGGCCGGUUGUAUAGAAACAUAAUAAAGUUAAUUAUGGUUACAAAUUUUUCACCUGUUAGACAUGAAUCUAUAUCCAGUAAAUCCUGUAAAGGUUGAUUAACGACCGCUGACAAACAUUUUGAACAUGAUUAUGGACUCGUUACUAUAGUUAUACGCCCAAGUGCAACCAGGCUUUAGUUCUUGACUCCAUGUGUAUUUCAAUCAUUAGGGCUAUACGACGCAUGAAUACGCUGCUUUAAUAUUAUCUAAUGUGCCAGUGAUAUUAUGUCAUCUGUUUAUUCUGGGAAAGUUUGCACUCGUACUUUAUAAGGAAAUCAAAGAGUACGGAACAUGCGGAGUACACUUCUUUUUUCGGAAGGUAAGUUUUGGGUUUGCACGACCGCAAAUCCUCACUAUUCAUUGAUUCAUUCAUAGACCUUUAUCACGUUUUGAGUAAAUUUCAAUAUGAUGUUAGCAGGCUAUAAGUACCAGAAAUGGCUAGGCUAUCACAUUUCGUGCCUUCUGAUUGGCUACGCUACUAGUAGGCUAUUAGUGAUAGCCUACUAAUAGAAAAUUCAAAAUGGCGGAACAUUCGCGUUUUGCACUUUUGCCGAAGUGUCUGAUGAUUUUUUGGACGACUUGUUGAACAACUCUGUACUAAAAAACCCCGAAAAAAAGCAACAAAAAUAUGGAAUAGGAAUUUUUAAGGGUAAGAAAAUAGACAAAAUAACAUACACUCAAUGAAAUUUUAAAAUAAAAACUAAAUUUUGUAAAACUCUUUACGCGAACAAAAACUGAAAUAUUUGUUUACCUUUAAUGGUUUUAUAAUGUUUUUUGUGUAUUUUUGUAUUGUGUUUGCAGCCUAGUUGUAAAUUAAUGUUAAAGUUUAUACUAAAACAAUUAGACAACUCGGCCUCGUUGUAUAUGAGCAAAUAGUCAACUCGGCUUCGCCUCGUUGACUAUUCGCUCAUAGACAACUCGGCCUCGUUGUCUAAUUGUUAAUUGGCCAUAAGGUGCCUUUAUAUUUGCUUUAUAAGGUGCUUUAUAUUCAUAAUACUGCUUUUCCUCUCUUUAAAUUCAACAAGCGUCCCUAUUUUGAAUUCACGACAUUUUUUAUUCAAUAUUUUGAGCCAUCGCUUGGAAGGUGACUGUGUGUCUUUAAUUAUCAUUUAGGAUGAACAUUCAGAAAUGCAAGUGAAGUCGGUCCGACCUUGGUUGAGAGAUUACGUUAAGGAGCUUGUUAACACAAAGUAUGUAGAUACAAUGAGUCGAUAA